UGCACUAUUUGAAAGCAAUGAUCAAAGAAACUCUUCGUUUUCAUCCUCCAAUUCCAUUAUUGGUUCCUCGAGAGGCCAGUCGAGAUGUCAAAGUCAUGGGCUAUGACAUCGCGGCUGGCACAAUGGUCGUGACCAACGCCUGGGCAAUCGGAAGAGACCCUGAGUUGUGGGAUGAACCGGAGAAGUUUUACCCAGAGAGGUUCUUGAGCUCCUCCAUAGAUUUCAAAGGCCAUGACUUCCAGUUGAUACCAUUUGGUGCUGGCAGGAGAGGAUGCCCUGGAAUUGCUUUUGCAAUGGUCACUAAUGAGCUUGUGUUAGCAAAUCUUAUGCAAAAGUUUGAUUGGGAAUUGCCUCAUGAGACAAAAGGGGAGGACUUGGACAUGACUGAAUGCCCUGGUGUUACAACCCGUAGGAAGAUCCCUCUCCUUGCUGUUGCAACUCCAUGUUGCUGAACAACCUGUUGUUGUUGCUGUUACUCAAAACAAUGACCUCACAUCGCAACGAUAAAUCCUUACCAUUGUUCUACAAUCCGUCCUAAAACUGUAAAAACUUGUGUCAUACUUUUUGCUCGUACAAGUAUAUUCUUCUCUUUAC